CUCUAUAAGGCCGGCAUGCUUCUGUUGUUCCUCCUGCUUUUGUCUAAACAUAGAACGGACUGCCGACGCUCCCGUAUAAAAACUCAGAGUGGCCACCUCUCAUUGUCUCCUCAGCUUCAGCCUCAGCCUCAGCUUCCUCCUCUCCAGAAGACAACAAGACCCUCUGCAGCCAUGUCUCCAAAGAAGGCCAAGAAGAAGGAAGCAGCCAGCUCUAAUGUCUUCAGCAUGUUUGAGCAGUCCCAGAUCCAGGAGUUUAAAGAGGCAUUCACCAUCAUGGACCAGAACAGAGAUGGCUUCAUCGACAAGAACGACCUGAGAGACACAUUCGCUGCUUUGGGUCGUCUGAACGUGGGUAACGAUGAGCUGGAUGAGAUGUUGAAGGAAGCUUCAGGACCCAUCAACUUCACCAUCUUCCUCAGCAUGUUCGGAGAGAAGCUUAAAGGAACGGACCCUGAGGAGAACAUCCUAAACGCCUUUAAGAUCUUCGACCCUGAGGGCACUGGCAUCAUUAAAGGAGAAGAGAUCAAAUACCAUCUUAUGUCCCAGGCAGAUAAAUUCACAGAGGCAGAGGUAAAUCAGAUGUUUACAAACUUCCCCCUGGAUGUGGCUGGAAAUCUGGACUACAAGAACCUGUGCUACGUCAUCACCCACGGAGAGGACAAGGAGCAGGAGUAAAAUACCAUUUCUCAUCAUUGCCUGUGUUUACCAAACGUCUGCGUGUAUAUGUGUGUACCAUUCCCUCGCCUGUAUCUGUCCUUUGUCAAUAAAGAUGUAUAAAAUCCAA